ACCGCUCUUGGCUCCCUUUCUUAUCUCCCGGUCUCCGCCCAGCUCCGCCACUUCCUCACCUUGGCUUCUCCCACACGCAGCAGCAGCAGCCGCCGCCGCCUCGUUUGCUCGCCGCGUCCACGACCGGUGGUUGCCGCGGUGACCGGUAGCUCGGUGUCGCCCCCACCGUCCGGCCUGCGUUGCAAAGGCGUGACGCGAGCUUUUAUGCUCGAGGCAGCUUGCUUCUUGGACGCUAGUAGCAGCAGCAUCGGCGGGAGUGGUACCCGCGUCCACGGAACUUCUGCAAAAGAAAGAUUCUCGGAUGGAGGUCGAGACGUCGUCCGGGACGGCCGAGCGCGGGGCGGGCGCGGGCGCGCAGCAGCAGCCUCCGCCGCAGCCGCAGCCGCAGCCGCCGGCCAAGAAGAAGCGUGCACUCCCCGGCAUGCCAGAUCCUGAUGCGGAGGUGAUCGCGCUGUCGCCCAAGACGCUGCUGGCGACGAACAGGUUCGUUUGCGAGAUCUGCAACAAGGGGUUCCAGCGCGACCAGAACCUGCAGCUGCACCGGCGCGGGCACAACCUGCCGUGGAAGCUGCGGCAGCGGAGCGGGAAGGAGGUGCGGAAGCGGGUGUACGUGUGCCCGGAGCCGACGUGCGUGCACCACGACCCGUCGCGGGCGCUCGGCGACCUCACCGGCAUCAAGAAGCACUUCUGCCGCAAGCACGGCGAGAAGAAGUGGAAGUGCGACAAGUGCUCCAAGAAGUACGCCGUCCAGUCCGACUGGAAGGCGCACACCAAGACCUGCGGCUCCCGCGAGUACCGCUGCGACUGCGGCACCUUAUUCUCACGGAGGGACAGCUUCAUCACCCACCGCGCCUUCUGCGACGCCCUGGCCGAGGAGAGCGCCAAGGCGCGCGCGGCGCCGCCGCCGCCGGCCGACGAGGACGGGACCUCGGCUUCUGCCGGUGCGCCGCCGCCGCAAGCGCCUCUACCACCACCCGCGCCGGUGCCGGCGCCAGCACCGCCACCUCCUCCGGCCGCAGCUCCGGCUCCCGCGGCGCAACCGGAGCAACGAGAUCGGGAUGCUGCACUGGAUCAGUUCGCCACGCCGGCGCCGGCGCCGGCGCCGCCGCCAGUUACUGCUCCUCCGCCGCCGCCGGUUGCCGCUCCUAAUGAUUGUGUCAGCAGCAGCAGUAGCGGCGUGGCGCCGACGUCGCAAAGCCUCCUUAGCAGCAUGUUUGCACCGCCGUCGGUGGCCCAGGCGCCGCAGUACGCGGACCCCAUCGGAGUUGGAGCGGGUGGCCAUCAGGAGCGCGCGGUGCCUGCCAAGCCUCCGGCGCUGUGCCUCGCGCCCAACGCGUCGUCGUCGCUGUUUACGGCGCCUGUACCAGCUGACCGGCAGCAGUUCGCUCCGCCGCCACCGCCGUCCCCGUCGCCGCACAUGUCCGCCACGGCGUUGCUUCAGAAGGCCGCGCAGAUGGGCGCCACCUCGUCUAGCUCGUCCUUUCUCCGCUGCCUGGGCCUCGACAUGUCAUCGUCAUCGUCGGCGCCGCCUUCGUCGUCAGGGCAGCAGCAACAGCACCACCACCAUCACCACCAAGAAACCAUGCAAGUGCCACUCCCGGCGAGUUCGCUGCCCGAAUGGCCGCCGCGGUUACAGCCGGAGCCAUCCCCAAUGCUGUCCUCCGGGCUCGGCCUCGGGUUACCAUACGACGCGACAGGCGGUCCGGUGAGCUUGCCGGAGCUCAUGAUGGGUCAGUCCACACUGUUCAGUGCCAAGCCGGCAACACUAGAUUUCUUGGGGCUUGGAGUGAGCCCGACAGGCGCGUCGACAAGCAGGGGCUUCCCGACAUUCAUCCAACCCAUCGGCGGCGCUGUCAGCUUGGCCGGGAGUGCCACCGUCGCCGCGGAGACCUUCGGCGCCGCCCAUGGCGGCCAGGCAAAUCCGUGGGAGAGGAACCCGAGUAGCUCACCAAUCCUGUAAUAGCACUAGCUAGCUAGCAACUGGUAGCAAUUAGCACCAAGUAGCAAACCACUGUGAAUUCGACACAUGCAGCACGAAGUAAGACGGUGAAAAUAGUGGAAGCAGCCAGGUUCAGUUAGCAAUUUAGCAGUAUCUUCCAACUUUUGUUUGUUUCCUUUGACCAACGUCGUUCUUUUGUUUAUUUAGCUUAGUACGAAGUUACAAGUGAGUUUCUUUUGUUGUUCA